AUGGAAUCUGCCCUCACAGACAUUCAGGCCAGCCUCCUGGAAUUGGCCCAGGCUCACACCUCCGUGUUUGCCACCCCUCAGAACGUCUCUACUCUCCCCUCUACAGGAUCUCCAGUUCCAGCCCUCCAGCAAAUAUUCUGCAUGCGCCUUCAUACGCACACACUCACGCGCGUGCACACAGAACAGGACGACUGGCUCUGUCACUGGGCACGGCUCCGCUGCAGCCUUGUGUGGGUCUCUGGAGAUGGGGGUCCCACGGCCUUGGCUGCGGGCUGGCUCCGAACCGCGCUCCUGGGGGCUCAGCCUCCGGAGCGGCUAGGCUGGCAGGCCUGCAUCGCGGGCCCGCUCGCCGGCGGCCUUCACGGAGCUGGGCCGGGACCCAGGCCGGGCCGCGCACGCGAGCGGCCGUGCUCGCCCUCGGCCCGCAUCCGUCCUGCGCCUCGGGCUCCCUUCUCUGCCUCCAAAGGCGGCCGUGCGCCCCGCAGGACGCCGCCGUCCGCACGGCUCCGGGCCCCCAGCGGACAUCCAAGUCUGCGCUGCGGAGGCCGAGGGGCGUCGCUCCCGGUGCAGGCCGGCCGCCGCCCCCCGGGAAACCGGGUCCGCGCGGGGCUCCGCCCCUUCCGCCCUGCCUCCCGCAUCUCCCCGGCAACCGGCCUCGGCCGGGGCGAGGCCGGGCCGGGGCGGAGGCCGGGGCUCCCGGGGAGGAAGCCGGGCCAGGGCGGAGGCCAGGGCUCCGGGGAAGGAAGGCCGGGGCGGGCUGCGUGGAGUAAUCUCUGGCUCGGUCUUGCCCAGCCCGGCACCAUCGAGCAGGCGGUGGAGGAGAUCCGUGCGGUGGUCCGGCCGGUGGAGGACGGCGAGAUCCAGGGGGUGUGGCUGCUGACCGAGGUGGACCACUGGAAUAACGAGAAGGAAAGGCUGGUGCUGGUCACUGACCAGUCGCUGCUCAUCUGUAAAUACGACUUCAUCAGCCUUCAGUGCCAGCAGGUGGUCAGGGUGGCGCUGGGUGCGGUGGACACUAUCUCCUACGGGGAAUUCCAGUUUCCCCCGAAGUCGCUCAACAAGCGAGAAGGCUUUGGGAUCCGCAUCCAGUGGGACAAGCAGAGCCGCCCUUCUUUCAUGAGCAGGUGGAACCCCUGGUCCACCAGCGUGCCCUAUGCCACGUUCAUAGAGCACCCGAUGGCAGGGGUGGAUGAGAAGACGGCCUCUCUGUGCCAGCUGGAAAGCUUCAAGGCUUUGUUGAUCCAGGCUGUCAAAAAAGCCCAGAAAGAAAGUCCUUUGCCAGGACAAGGUAACAGCGUGUUGGUCCUGGAGUGCCCACUCUUCAUUGAGACCUAUGUGGGGCUGAUGUCCUUCAUCAACAAUGAGGCCAAACUGGGUUACUCCAUGACCAGAGGCAAAAUAGGCUUCUGAGCGUCACACGGUGGUCACACCCCGAGGCUGGCGGUGGGCUGGGGCGUGGGCCACAGGGGUGGGGUGUCGUGUAGGGGUCAGAGCACAGUUAGAAUAGUCAAGUGGAUUCUAUGUAUUUAGUCAGAUGUCGGAUGCCGGCUGAUGUGAGCUUACAAAAGUAUAAAGAUGAGCUGCCGUGCCCCUGGUGUUCCUGAGUCCGAUUCCACGUGUCCCAGACUCUUGGUAGCCCCGCCCCUCCAGCAUGCCCAGUGUGGCUUGUAGCCGUCCACCCCCGCCCCCACCCGUGCGGUGGCAGGGUCCUGGUCUUGGUGCCUGCACGACUGCACAGAUGUUUACACUUGGCGUUAAGCUUUGUAUCUGAGAUCCAGUCCACUUUUUAAGCUCAAUACGAAAGCAGUCAGCAGACUGGUCACGAGCAAGAUGCAGCCUAGGCCUGCUUAGCUCCUAGUGAACAGCAGGUCUUGUAAAUACGUUCAGCUUAAAGUCAUUCUCUUUCUAGAAUCAAUCCAGAUUGUGUGAAUAAUUGUUACCUUGUCGAGGCAUAAAAGGUUAGUCCUUAACACAAUUUAUAACUUGAGGGAGUCGCCAUUGAUCGUUAUUUGCACACAAUUUUGACAGCUAGAUGUAUCCUAAGUUUGUGUUCUAUUCAUGUUUAAAGGGGGCUGGGAGGUUUGCUUAUUAAAGAUGCACUUUCAUAAAAGGCCACAUGAAAUCCUCCUGGAUGUGUCCCCCUCCCACACACACCCUGUUCCUGCAGCCUCUGCAUCGUUCCCUGGUGGUGUCCAAGGCUGCAUCCACAGCUUCCCCCAUCACUUGAAGCACUUAGUAAAUUCAGUUGCUGCUGUCUGUGUCCUCAUUCCCAGUGCUGUGGGCCUCAGGCUGUCAGGCUGGGGCAUGCAGACGGUGCACAUGGGCUCAGCCUGUGCUUUGGUUGUGUAGUAAAGACAUUUAGAACCACA